AUGCAGACCGACAGCAGCGCCGGCAGCAUGCAGCCACAGCAGCGCCCCGCACCCGGCGGCGCAGCGCUGCACCCGCCGCUCGCCCUGGACGUUUUGCGGCACAUUGUGGCGCACGUCAAAGACGGCGCCACCCGCCGCGCGCUUCGGGCCUCCAGCUCCGGCCUGCGCCGGCUGGUCAACGCGUCGGCUGCUGAGCUGGCGUUCCCCGAGGGCCGCGAGGGCGCCGACGCGAUGCGCCACGUUGCAGCGCGCUGCGAGCAGUGGCGCGGCGUGAGGGUGCUGCGCGUGCGGGGCGCCGGCGCUGAGUCCGUGCGUGCGCUGCUGGAUCUACUGGAUGCGGCGGCCAGGCACUGCCCCGAACUUGAUGCUGUGCAGGCCUGGGACAUCAGACGCGACUUUGCCACCACGCUGACCGCCCGCGUGGCCACCGGCCAGCUGGCGAAGCUCGGGACGCUGGACCUCAGCAGCGACCCCUCUCUGGGACCCCUCCUGCUCUCGCCACUGGGCGCGGCGACGUGCCUCACCUCCCUCCGGUUGACGGGCCUCUUCCACGAAGCGGGCGAGGCGUGGCUGCCGUCGAGCCUGCGCCGGCUGCGGCUGUACACGCCCCCGGACGAGGGCGCAGGCAUGUGCGAGACGUCAUGGCUGGACAGCGUCGUCGCGUGCACCCGCCUGGAGGCGCUGCAGCUGAUUGGGCUGUGUGGACGGGGCCUGAGCAUGGACCCUGGAGAAGGGUUAAAUGUCCAGGAGAAUGGCGACGGCCUGCAGAAGUUCUACUCUGUGCUUGCGCAGGUGGGACAUCAGGCCCAUCGGGGUGUGGGCUACGCGGCCAUUGCUUGA